UCUCAUCUCUCUGUCCAAAAAAACACUCAUCUCUCCAUUCCUCACUUCUUCAAUAAAUUCAUUACUCAUCCUCUUAUACAAGAGAGUCCAAGCAAGCAAUAACCAAAAUUUUCACUACUCGAAGCAUUUCAUUGGUGAGAAUUUCUUCGGUGCAAAAUAUAUAAUCUGUUCUUUGAUGUUCUUUGGCUUUAAUCACACUUCAGCAACGUCAGGAGGUUCCACUCAUUGAUUCUUCAAUGGCUGAAGUUAUUUCUGGAGUGGCAUCAACACUCUUGGCCAAUUUAGCAACAAAAUCAUUCCAAGAGAUUGCUCUAGCAUGUGGUCUUGAAGACGAUGUAAAAGAGUUUGAAAGUUCUUUAAGAACCAUCGUUGCAUAUCUCAUAGAUGCUGAGAACAAGCAAGCAAAAGACCGCAGUUUAGAUGUGUGGUUGAAGCAACUCAGAGAGGCAUUGGAUGAUGCUGGUGACAUAUUAGAUGAAAUAGAGUAUGAAGCAAAACUUAAUGAAGUGGUCAAAAUGUAUGGAAGCAUUUGCACGAAGGUCCGCCGGUUCUUCUCAUAUACAAGUAAUCCACUUGCAUUUCGCAUCAGGAUGGCCCACAAAAUCAAAGAUAUGAAACAGAAGAUGGAUGAAAAAAUAAGACAAGGGAGAGACUUGGGUAUAGUUGCACAAUAUGUCAACGCUCCAACUCUUGAACAUAAUUUACCAUGGCGAGAAACUGCUUCUUCAUUGUCUUAUCGUUUGUGUGGUAGACGUAAAGAAAAAGAGAAGAUUAUAAAGUCAUUGAUGACACAAAAAUCAGAAGCUAAUAGUAUUGAUGUGAUCUCAGUUGUUGGGAUUGGAGGUUUGGGAAAGACUACACUUGCACAAAUGGCUUACAAUGAUACCCGAGUGAAUGACCAUUUUGAUCCCUUAAUGUGGGUGUAUGUAUCUGAUGAUUUUGAUGUCAAGAAGUUAAUACAAAGAAUCAUUCAUGCGGCCUUAAAGACAGAGAAUGUGGUGGAUGCAAAUUCUCCUUUGGAACAUAUGAUAUCUCUUCUCAAUCAAACGUUGCAUGGUAAGAAAUUCUUACUCGUCUUAGACGAUGUUUGGAAUGAAAACCACAGCAAAUGGGAUGAAUUGAGAAGUCACUUGUUAGAAGUUGGUGGUAACAAAGACAGCAAAAUUAUAGUGACCACUCGUAGCCAAAAUGUUGUUAACAUUGUGGGGAGUAAUCUUGUAAUGAAAUUAAAAGGACUUCCUGAGAAUGAAUGUUGGCAGCUCUUUACAAAAUGUGCAUUCCAAGAAGAGAAGGAAGAAGAGAAGUACCCAAGGCUAAAGCAAAUUGGGGAGCAAAUUGUUAAAAAAUGCAAAGGAGUACCCUUGGCUAUAAAAACUUUGGGUUGCUUGCUUAGAUCAAAAUCCCAUAAUGAAAAUGAAUGGAAAAAUAUAAGGGAUAGUGAGGUGUGGAAAGAAAGUGACAUUUUUCCAUCACUCAAAUUGAGUUACAAUCACUUGCCACCACAAGAGAAGCAAUGUUUUUCAUACUGCUCUUGUUUUCCAAAGGAUUACGACCUUCAUGUUAUUGAGUUGAUUAUGUUGUGGAUGGCUCAUGGACUCCUCCAACCUACACGUGAAGAGGAAGAUGCAGAAGAUAUUGGAGAGAGAUAUAUUAAAAAGCUUGUUUCAACAUCUUUACUUCAAAUUGAUGAUGGAGAUGAUGCUUUUGGCCUCAUCUAUGAUUUCCAAAAUUCAAUGACAUUUAAAAGGCUCAAAAUGCAUGAUCUUGUACAUGAUCUUGCACAAUCAACAAUGAAAGAAUCGAGCAAGACAAGACCCAUUGUGCAAGAGGGACAACAAGAAGCAUCAAUAGAAUUGGCCUCUAAUAAGUUCAACUAUCUGAGAGUGUUGCCUGAUGAUUGUUUUGUCAAAAUGAAGAAGCACUCGAGAUAUCUCAUCUAUCCUGGAAAUUGUCCUAAUUCAAAAAAGCUAGCUGAUUCCAUUUAUAAGAUGCAAAAUUUGCAGAGUUUGUACCUUCAUGAGUUUCCCAAAAACAUGAAAUAUCUCAUCUAUCUUCAAUAUUUGUAUUUGAACCGGACGAAAAUUACAAGUAUGUCCUCAAUAAACAUAGGGCGCUUCCAACAACUCAAAUUCUUGCAUCUUCAAUGUCCAAAAUUAGUGUCCGUACCAAGUGCUGUUGGUCGCUUGACUACUUUAAAGACGUUGGUCUUUCUUGGCUGUGAAGAGCUGAUGAAUUUUGAGGAUGAAGAGGAAGAAGGAAAGCAACAUGUGAAUUUAAACCUUCAAUUGUUCUUUAUCUUUGGAUCAGCAAAGUUGAAUGCUUUACCAAAUUGGCUUGAAAGAGCUACUAAAUUGCAAUAUUUGAGUAUAAAGAUCACAGGGAUUAACUCAUUGCCCACAAGGUUGCCGAUGACCUCUCUUGAAGAACUUUAUAUCUAUCAUUGUAAAAAGUUGUCAUCUCUUCCCAACAUGGAUGAAGCUCGUCAUCUUCAGUAUUUAGUGGUAUGUGAUUGUCCCGCAUUAUAUGCAAGGUACAAUAAGGAGACAGGUUCAGAUAAGCGCGAAAUUGCUCAUAUUCCAUAUUGCGAGAUUGAAAAAUAUUAUAGGUUCAAGGGCCUCGUCGAGGACGAGGAGGACGACGAGGGCGACGAGGACAACGAUAAUAAUGAUGAUGAAGAUGAAGAUUGAAUAAAAAAUAUGAAGAAAAGAAAGGAUAAUAAUAGCAUUAUCUUUGUGUAAUGGUUGUGUUCUAAUAAUUGCUUUAUUUGGCAACUCAGAUAAUGUCUUUAGCUACAACUACUUUUUAGAUGCUUUAAUGUGUGUGGUUCGAUUGCUUUUGUAUGUCCCAUUUUCUUUUAAAACUGAAAGAAAGCUAUGUAGCUGGUCACCUCAAACUUUUGGGUUUUGAGUUUGAAGUAGUUUGAAUAUGUCAAGGUUUUAAUUGUUCUACAUUUCUAUCUAUUUUAUUCAAUUUUUAA